GUGACCCAUAGAUUUGACUUUGAGCAGAAUACGUCAAACAACUUUUUGUACAUUUUUUCCAUUUUUUGUGUAUUUUUUAGAGUUUUUCCUUCAAUACAUACUUAUAAUGACACUGAUUCACAAUUCACUCAUGAAGAAAUUGAAAGUGAACUAUUUGAUCUAUUCGCAUAUAUCAGCAAAAUUGUUGAGAACAGCACUCAAACCUGAAUUGAAAAAGAACUUUGACAACAAGUACAGAAGCCUCAUCCAGAUCUUCAAAUUCGAGAACAACAAAAAGGGCGACCUGGUUCAGACUUUGGUAAUUGGAGAACGGAAAGAGGAAGAUGAGCAUCAUGAUGUAGCAUAUGAACAACAGAAGGCUGACCAUCAUAAUUAAAAAAUGCAUCGUGUAAUAGGUAAACAUAAAAACACUUUUAAAUGUGUUCAAUUCUCAUUAGACUGCUGGGUACAGAUUCUUGAAAUACAUGCCGUUUAGCUAUAAAGGUUAUUGUGCACUCUCAGAUACAACUAUUAGACAUUGACUCAGGCAGGAUCCGUGUUUUAUUACUGAAAGAAACAUUUUAAAAAAUGUUGAAGCAUACUUUGUGC